UUCUAUUAAAAUAACUGUGGACUGGAGUUGUAGCUAAUACAUGAAUACAUGUCUAAUAUUUUCAUUUUUAAGAUUCUGAAGAAGAAGAUAAGCCCCCAAAGAGAAGGGAGAAAAACUGGAGAAUUCCAGACAUGAAACCGUGGCUGGGAGAAAUGACAGAUGAUGAAAUUAGGAAUGCGAAUACAGAAGAACUCAAUGAGAACGGGGAAGUUAGCCCUGGUGGAAGGACUGGCAGAAAAGGAAGGAAGGGACCUGGAGCAGACAAGAGAAAGCCAAAGGAUAAGAAAAAGGACAAGAAGAAGAAAGAUGCAGAUGGGCUCUGAUGAAGACGACAUCACAGAAGAGGAAUUAGACAAAUUAAAGGAAGCUGUAGAAGAAAAAAAGAAACUUAUUGCCACCAUAAGAAACAAACCUUGGAAAAUGAAGCAAAAACUAGAAGUCCUGAAGGAUGCGCAAGAGUUUGUGGAAAAAUUUGAAGGAGCUUUGGGGAAAGGAAAAGGGAAAAAGUUUUACGCAUACAAGGUCAUGAUGCUGAAAAAAUGGAUGAAGUUUCAAAGGGAUUUUGAGAAUUUUAAAACCGCCUGUAUACCAUGGGAGAUGAAAAUCAAGGAAAUUGAAAGUCAUUUUGGCUCUUCGGUGGCAUCCUAUUUUAUUUUCCUACGCUGGAUGUAUGGCAUUAAUUUGAUACUGUUUGGACUAACCUUUGGCCUCGUCAUGGUACCAGAGGCAUUAAUGGGAAAGCCAUAUGGCUCGAUGCCAAGAAAAACUGUUCCAAGAGCGGAGCAGCACUCUGCAAUGAAUUUUGCCACCCUUUGGGAUUUCAGUGGACUUGCACAAUAUUCUGUUCUUUUCUAUGGAUACUACAACAGUCAGAGAACCAUUGGAUGGCUACAAUUUAGGCUACCACUAUCCUACUUGCUUGUUGGAAUUGGUACCAUUGCAUACAGUUUCAUGGUUGUUAUCAGAACCAUGGCCAAAAAUGCUAAUGAUGAUGGAGGUGGUGAUGACAACAGCUUUAAUUUUAGCUGGAAAAUGUACACAAGCUGGGACUUUCUUAUUGGCAACCCAGAAACAGCUGACAAUAAAUUUGCAUCAAUCACAACAAGCUUCAAGGAAUCAAUUUUGGAAGAACAGGAAAACAGGAAAGAGGAAAAUAUUCAUUUGGUGCGAUUCCUCAGAGUACUUGCAAAUUUUCUUGUAAUGUGCACUCUUGCAGGAAGUGGAUACUUAAUUUACUUUGUUGUAAGGAGAUCACAACAAUUUGCACUGGAAGGUCUAGAAAACUAUGGAUGGUGGGAACGAAAUGAAGUGAACACAGUGAUGUCGCUCCUAGGAAUGUUCUGCCCAACAAUGUUUGAUGUAAUUAGUAAUUUGGAGAAUUAUCACCCAAGAAUAGCACUGAGGUGGCAACUUGGACGUAUAUUUGCUUUAUUUUUGGGUAACCUAUAUACAUUUCUUAUUGCCCUUAUGGAUGAAAUUAAUCUCAAGAGGGAAGAAGAGAAGAUUGUUCAACGUAAUAUGACAUUUUGGGAAGCAAAUAUUUAUAACAAAUCAUACUCUGAAAACUCAUCAGUCCCUUUCCAGGUAGAUCCAUCAGAUGUUCCUAGAGGACCAUGCUGGGAAACCAUGGUGGGACAGGAAUUUGUAAGGCUUACAGUUUCUGAUAUUAUGACCUCUUAUAUUACUAUUCUAACUGGUGACUUCCUACAAGCUGUAUUCGUACGCUUUUUUAAUUACUGCUGGUGCUGGGAUCUUGAAUAUGGAUGGCCAUCUUAUUGCGAGUUCGAUAUCAGCGGCAAUGUGCUAGGACUCAUUUUCAAUCAAGGGAUGAUCUGGAUGGGGUCGUUUUAUGCUCCGUGCCUGCCUGCUAUUAAUGUAUUUCGACUUCACACCUCAAUGUACUUGCAGUGCUGGGCAGUAAUGUGCUGCAAUGUUCCCCAUGCACGAGUAUUUAAGGCAUCCCGGUCCAAUAACUUCUAUAUGGCCAUGCUUCUUUUUGUACUCUUUCUGGCCAUGCUACCAGUCGUCUAUACCAUUGUCUCUAUUCCACCAUCCUUUGACUGUGGCCCAUUCAGUGGAAAACAAAAAAUGUUUGAAGUCAUACAAGAGACUCUGGAUAAUGACUUCCCAGCUUGGUUUGCAAAAGUAUUUGGCUAUGUGUCAAACCCAGGCCUCAUUCUUCCUUUCAUCCUUCUUAUGGUAAUGAGCAUCUAUUAUCUGAAUGCUACAUCAAAAGCAUACCAAGCCUCAAACCUGGAACUAAAGAAAAAGCUGCAAAGUCAAGCUGAGGAAAACAAAAAACGAAGCAAAAAGGCAGCAGAAAAAGCAACUGGGGCACAAGAUGAAUCAGCUAUACCAUUUCCUACACCAAAGGAAUCAGAUAACAAGAAAGCUGCAAAGAAUGAAAACAGUUCAGCAACAAAUACCAGUGGAAAAAACCUUGAGGUUCCACCACGUAUUGCUGUGACACGUCCACCAGGACCAACAGGACCUCCAUCUCCAAGACCACCAGCUACUCAAAGAGGCUAAAAUGACUAUGAUGAAUCAAUGUAUUCAAUGAUUCAACGACACCUUGCCAAUUGCAAUCUCUUUUACAACACUCCGUUUUUGCGUUCUGUAAUUGAAAUUAAUUAAAUCUGAAAAUAUAGAACCCCAACAAGUCAGGCUUUAAAGAUAUCCUUAGUUGAAAUGACAAGUUAUGUUAAAUAUAAAUAAAGAUAUUUCAAAAUCA